AUGGCGGCGCCCAACGGCAGCUCCGGCGUCCCGCCAGAGACACCACAGGAGCUCCUCGCGGACAGCAUCAAGCUCAUAGGGAGCACGACCGUCUGCGGCACGUUCUACGGCCUCAUGACCGUGCUUGCGUGUGCAUGCGUGCAGACGUUCCUCUCCCGCACCUCGCGCGCGCGGCGCACCCGCGGCCGGCUCGUGUUCCUCGUUGGGUACGUGGGGCUCCUGUGGUUGGGCGGCACAUUGUACGUCGUGGGUCUGGCGCGCUCGAUCCAGGACGCGUACGUGGACCUCAGGCUGAAGAUUCCAUCCCCGGCCGCGUGGAACGACUUUCAGCUGCCCGAGGCUAUUUUGGCGGACGCGGCAUAUUCGGUGUCAACGUGCCUUGCUGAUGGGCUGAUGGUAUGGCGGUUUCGGACGAUGUGGUACGACUCGAGGCUGUAUUGGCUACUCAUGCCGUUCCCUAUACUCCUCUACCUUGCCGUCGCUGUACUCAGUUUCGUGUCGGUGGUGACGUGCUCCCUUCCGGGACACAACUUCUACUCCAAGCUCGCAUACAAGACGACUAUUCCCGGCUUCGUCACCUCUGUCGUUCUUAACUUCUACACCACCUCACUCAUGGCUGGCCGUCUCUAUACCUUCCGUCGGCGCUUCAUACGAGAUAUCGGCGGCGCCACCUUACACACCAAACAAUACACCAACAUUGCCGGGAUGCUCGUCGAGUCCUGCGCACUGUUCACGAUGACGUCGCUCAUUUUCAUCGGCUUCUACCUCUCCGGACACCCCGCCGAGUUCGUCAUGAUCGCGAUCCUGUCGCAGAUGCAGAUCAUCGCGCCGCUGCUCGUCAUGCUCCGCAUCUCGCGCGGCAUCGCGUGGGAGGCGACGACGGCCUCGACGCUGCAUGCGCGGAGCCGGCACGAUGUCGUCGAGCUGGGCGACCGCCGCCGGCGCCGCGAGACUGGAGACGAGGAGGAUGAGAACCCGAGUGCGCUGUCGAGUCUGAAGUUUGCGAGGCACGAUGAUGUCGACGGCGAGGGGGGGCCGAUUAAGGCGCAGGAGCUGCAUCCUGGGGAGGCUGAUGUAUGAGGAGGUGAUCAUGAUGGUUUCCGGAUUUUACGUCGUCGCUUGCAUAGCGCUCUAAGGGCUUGCACCCUUGUAAACGCCAGGCGUGAUUUUGCUGUAUAACGGAUAGAAAGGCCUUCAGGACCACUACUCCCCUUGCUGUGGCACUUUGUCUAUGAGAGUGCCGGGCGGUGAUGUUGAGUUGGAUGGUACCUGGGAAUUAAAGCUUACUUUUUGGAUGUUACAGCCUUUAUUAUCACCGACUGUACAUAGCUGGAUCUUCAAGCA